AUGGAUUACGAACUGUAUUUAAUUUCAAAUAUUAUGGGCAUUUUUAUUGUAAUUUUAAUUUUUGUUUUUCACUAUUUAUAUUCCGAUAUAGAUGAUUAA